AUGCGCCUUUGUGGUAUUGGGUCCUAUCCUUCACCCCUGAAUUAAUGUGAGACGGGUGGGAAAGAGGGAGGUCCCAUUUUGUGUUCUUCCAACCCCACCACUAACUUCUCUCUCUCUCUCUCUCUCUCUCUCUCUCUUGAUGCUAUCUUCUUUUUGGGUAUUUGGGAUUUGGUAUCUGAGAAACGAAGAGAAGGGAGCAAUGAGGUUUUUUAUGACUUCAUUUGGAGAAGGCGGGGAUCGAUUCGGUGGCGUUUUCCACUAUGGAUUUUUUAUUCUGGAGAUGGGUUUUUGAUUUGGGCGAUGGGGGUUUUUGAGAUGGAGAGAUUGUGGGGUUUAGAUUGCGAUCAGCAGAGGUGGGCCACGGCUUUUGGUUUUGAUUUUUAGGGGGAGCGGCUGGAGAUCCUAUAGGCUUUUCUUAUAUUGGUUCUUCAGUUUGGAGACGGGCUUUUUAUUUGGAAGGCGAGUUUUCUGAGAUGGAGAAAUGGUGAGGUCGAAUAGCGGUAAGCAGAGACGGUUGGGGAUAUGUGAUUUUGAUCUCUAGAGGUGGCAGUGGGGAAAUUCUGUGAGCUGUUUGGAGGUUGGAGUUUGAUUUUGACGGAGGGUUUUGGAGAUGGAGAGAUGAGGAUGGGGUUUGGUUUGGACUGGUGAGUCUUGUUUGAAUUAAGGAGGAUGGAGGGAGGGAAUCAACCUCCACAGGCGAUGCAUGCAGCUGUUUCAUCACAUAUGAAACUUGUCUUGCUGAUGUGAAAUCCAUACUCAGUAGAAUGGAAGAUCAGUGGACUAGUGCAAUCUGAUAUUCUGGAUCAGCUCCUCUGAAUCAGCAGUGUGAUACUGUGGUCGACUGCCUGUGUUGUUACUAGUGCAUGCAUGUGUAGAGUCGACGCAGGCCUGAAAACCGUUGUGGGGGCAAGGAAAUUCGUCCCGGGAUCGAAGCUCUGCAUUCAGCCCAGCAUACAAUCAUCCGUCCACACAACCAGGCACAAGACAUCACGGGGCGAGAGGAGCCACAGUCAAUCUCCUUUGUUGCCGGGCCUUCCUGAUGACCUGGCCAUCGCUUGCUUGAUUCGGGUCCCACGUGUCGAGCACAGGAAGUUACGGCUAGUCUGCAAGCGAUGGUAUCGCCUUCUGGCAGGCAACUUCUUUUACUCACUUCGCAAAAGCCUUGGAAUCGCAGAAGAAUGGAUCUACGUCAUGAAAAGAGAUGGGGAUGGGCGGAUCUCAUGGCACGCCUUUGAUCCCAUAAACCAACUUUGGCAGCCCCUCCCACCUGUACCGGGAGAGUAUUCCACUGCCCUCGGCUUUGGGUGCGCCGUUCUCAGUGGCUGCCACCUUUACCUAUUUGGUGGCAAAGACCCACUUAAGGGAUUGAUGAGGCGGGUUGUCUUUUACAGUGCACGGACUAACAAGUGGCACCGGGCUCCGGAUAUGCUGCGGCGGCGGCACUUCUUCGGUUCCUGCGUCAUGAACAACUGCCUGUAUGUUGCUGGAGGGGAAAGUGAGGGGGUCCAUCGGUCAUUGAGGUCGGCCGAGGUUUAUGAUCCAAACACAAAUAGGUGGUCUUUUAUCGCCGAUAUGAGCAUCAAGAUGGUGCCAUUUAUUGGAGUUGUGUAUGAUGGGAGGUGGUUUUUGAAAGGGCUCGGGUCCAACCGACAGGUUCUGAGCGAGGUCUACGUUCCUGAGUCCAAUAGCUGGUACCCAGUCCAUGAUGGGAUGGUCUCUGGCUGGCGGAACCCAAGUGCCUCCUUAAACGGACAGCUCUUUGCUUUGGACUGUAAGGACGGAUGUAAGCUGAGAGUCUAUGACGAGGCCAGUGAUUCCUGGAGCAAGCACAUUGACAGCAGGCUGCACUUGGGAAAUUCCCGAGCAUUGGAAGCAGCAGCUCUCAUCCCUCUGAAGGGGAAGCUGUGCAUUGUCCGCAACAACAUGAGCAUUUCAUUGGUGGACGUCUCGAAAUCAGACGGCACGGGCAUGGAUCAGCUCUGGGAGACCCUAGCAAGAAAAGGGCAGUUCAAGAAUUUUGUUGUGAAUCUAUGGUUGAGCCUCGCUGGUGGGAGCCGUCUUAGAAGCCACAUUGUACACUGCCAGGUCCUUCAAGCAUGAAAACACAGAGCGGGGUUUGCGGCAGCGGGCCAUGUCUUUCAACCCAUUGAUUGCAAGUGGACAAACUAAUCAAAUGCAGGAUCGGCAUAAAUAAGCUUGCUGGUGACUUCCUCAGCUGAAGUUCUUCAAAGUUGUCAUCAUGCUACAAGAGGUGGUUGUGUUCGACGAACCAUUCGCUUUGUUGCCAAUUUCGUGUUGUUUAAAGUCCUUUUUAUAGGUAAGUGCCAGUGCGAUUUGGAUGUGGAGAGGUUGAAGAGGUGGUUGGUGGCCCAUUUGCUGAUGGGGAACAUGUGCUAGAUCCAGGAUCAGGCAGGCAGGGCCUGCUUUGAACAUGCCCUAUCAUGAAUCAGUUAGUCCAUGCAUCAGGCAGGUGGCAUGUAUGAGAAAAUUGGGCAAUUGGAAGAAGAUGGUCAGAAGUCCUUACUCAAGGUAUGUGUGGCCCACCUGAUGAGUGACCUGAAUCGUGAACUGGCAUGCCAUGUGGGCAUGUGUGCUGCAGAUCAUCUCCUCAACUUCUCUGUGCACAAAUCGCUUUAGCAUUUUUAAAUGUUUGUGAUUGUGAUAGUCAGCAGUAAUACACUGUAGAGUUGGAGUGAAGAAAUGCCCUUGAGGCUGUCUUAAAGACUGAGAUUCAUCAGGUUUGUUAACACGCUUUGAAUAUAUAAAUCUUAAUUCUUUACCACUUUGUAAAUGCUAUCAGAAUCAUCUUAGGUUUAAUAUAUUUUAUUUUACUAAAAAUGACGGGAAAAAAAAACUGCAAUAUGCAUGCCUCUCCGAGGAAUCACUUUGUAAACUACUUUGCUAAAUGGCACCACCUUUCACUCAA